AUGAAGUUCCGAGCUCAUAAUUCAACUUCCGGGUUAAAUAUUAAAUCUUGCAAAUAAAUUUGGACGAACUUCUGGGCCAAUUAAAGCCCGUAAAAUGUCCCGAGGCUCAAGUGCAGGGUUUGAUCGACACAUCACCAUCUUCUCCCCCGAAGGAAGACUAUAUCAAGUCGAGUAUGCGUUCAAGGCCGUAAACCAAGGUGGACUCACGUCAGUAGCCGUCAGAGGGAACGACUGUGCGAUUGUUGUAACUCAAAAGAAAGUACCGGACAAGCUUCUGGAUUCGGCCACAGUGACCCACCUCUUCAGAAUAACAGAUAGUAUUGGAUGUGUAAUGUCGGGAAUGACGGCUGACAGCAGGUCCCAAGUCCAGCGGGCUCGCUACGAGGCAGCCAACUGGAAGUACAAGUACGGUUAUGACAUUCCAGUGGACAUGCUGUGUAAGAGGAUUGCUGACCUAUCACAAGUCUACACGCAGAAUGCCGAGAUGAGACCACUAGGCUGCUGUAUGAUCAUGAUCGCCAUAGACGAGGAGCACGGCCCCCAGGUGUACAAAUGCGACCCCGCAGGCUACUACUGCGGCUUCAAGGCCACCGCCGCCGGAGUGAAGCAGACCGAAGCCACCAGCUUCUUGGAGAAGAAAGUGAAAAAGAAACAUGACUGGACCUUUGCACAGACUAUUGAGACAGCCAUCUCUUGUCUGUCAACUAUUCUUUCCAUUGACUUCAAGCCCUCUGAGAUCGAGGUGGGCGUUGUCACUACGCAGGACCCAAAGUUCAGGAUUCUGACAGAGACUGAAGUGGACGUUCACCUGGUGUCCCUGGCAGAGCGGGACUGAGCCCAGCAGACGCGUCCAAUCGGAGCAUCCCUUUGUUUGCUGUGCAUUCUGCCACACUGUUUCAUUCAGUAAUAAAAAGGUUUUUCAAGUAAAAUAAC